AUGGGGUUCUUACAUAUUACCACCUUUCUCUCCAUGUUGGCGUUGAUUGUGAGCCAUGCAGCAGCAGCUCAUGUGAGUAGUAGUCCUGAAGCAUAUUGGAAAUCGGUGUUGCCAAACACUCCAAUCCCCAAAUCUGUCUCCGAACUCCUCAAAAUUGAUACACCACCUGGAACCCGUGCUGAGGAAGCUCACUCCGUCAGCAUUGAUGCCAUCAUAGAUGGUCCACCAGCUACUCAUGUUGAUAUAAUUACCGGCGUUGGUGAACAUGGGGCCAAGCAUACCGGCCAUGAGUAUGUCCGAUACGAUUCAAAAGUGGCACUUUUCUUCCUUGAAAAAGACAUGUAUAGAGGCCACACAAUGAACAACUUACAAUUCACCACAACAUUAACCAUUCCAUCAUCACCUUUUUUACCCCGUGAAGUGGCAAACACGAUACCCUUUUCAUCAAACAAACUUCCCGAAUUGUACACACGUUUUUCCAUCAAACCCGAGUCUAUAGAAUCCAAAUCAAUGAAGAAAACCGUCAAUUUCUGUGAAGAGAAGGGAACGGAAGAAGAUGAGAAGUAUUGUGCAACUUCCUUAGAGGACAUGGUGGAUUUUACCACAUCUAAAUUAGGUAAAAAUGUUAAAGCUAUCUCCACAGAGGUGAUUAACGCUAACAAAGAUACCUCGUUCCAAACGUACACCAUAGACGGCUCAAGCAAAGUGGCAACAAAUAAAUUUGUGUCUUGUCACAGACAAAACUACCCGUAUGCGGUAUUCUAUUGUCACAAAGCCAUCAAUACGAGAGCGUAUAUAGUAUCCUUGUCCGGUGAAGAUGGUACAAAAGCUAAAGCACUUGCAAUAUGUCACAAAUACGCUGCAAAAUUGUAUCCUAAGGAUUUGGUGUUUAAGCAUCUGAACGUGAAACCAGGGACUUCUCCAAUUUGUCAUUUCCUACCAGAAGACCAUGUUGUCUUUGUCCCUUACUAA